CCGGUUCUAGCUGUCGGCUCCCCUGGUCCCAGCGGCCGCGGAGAGAAGGGGGCGGAUCCUCGCGUGCCAGACACGCCCAGGCCGGGUUUUAAAUUCGCCAGGCGCUCGCUCCCCGAGCCGCCGCCGCUCCCUCGCUCCGCCGAGGCCUCCGGACGCGCUCCCCGCGCCGGCCUCCGCAACACUCGGGCCGAACGCCCGCCCGCUCGCACUCACACCGCGGUUCGCACCCGCACGCGCGCUCGCACCCGCACUGCCGCUCCCGCGCGCUCCGCUCCCGCUCCAGCCCCGCGCCCCGCGGAGGCGCAGGACCGCCGCCGAGAGCGCAGAGGGGCGCCGCGGCCUUCCCAUGGCGGACCUGAGCUUCAUCGAGGAUACCGUAGCCUUCCCCGAGAAGGAAGACGAUGAGGAGGAAGAGGAGGAGGGUGUGGAGUGGGGCUACGAGGAAGGUGUUGAGUGGGGUCUGGUGUUUCCUGAUGCUAAUGGAGAAUACCAGUCUCCUAUUAACCUAAACUCGAGAGAGGCUAGGUAUGACCCCUCACUGCUGGAUGUCCGCCUCUCCCCAAAUUAUGUGGUCUGCCGAGACUGUGAAGUCACCAACGAUGGACAUACAAUUCAGGUUAUCCUGAAGUCAAAAUCAGUUCUCUCGGGAGGACCAUUGCCUCAAGGGCAUGAAUUUGAACUGUACGAAGUGAGAUUUCACUGGGGAAGAGAAAACCAGCGUGGUUCUGAGCACACGGUUAAUUUCAAAGCUUUUCCCAUGGAGCUCCAUCUGAUCCACUGGAACUCCACUCUGUUUGGCAGCAUCGAUGAGGCUGUGGGGAAGCCGCAUGGAAUCGCCAUCAUUGCUCUGUUUGUUCAGAUAGGAAAGGAGCAUGUUGGCUUGAAGGCUGUGACUGAAAUCCUCCAGGAUAUUCAAUAUAAGGGGAAGUCUAAAACAAUACCUUGUUUUAAUCCUAACACUUUAUUACCAGACCCUCUGCUGCGGGAUUACUGGGUGUAUGAAGGCUCUCUCACCAUCCCACCUUGCAGUGAAGGUGUCACCUGGAUAUUAUUCCGAUAUCCUUUAACUAUAUCCCAGCUACAGAUAGAAGAAUUUCGAAGGCUGAGGACGCAUGUUAAGGGGGCAGAACUUGUGGAAGGCUGUGAUGGGAUUUUGGGAGACAACUUUCGACCCACUCAGCCUCUUAGUGACAGAGUCAUUAGAGCUGCAUUUCAGUAGCCAAAGAGGACAGGAACAGUCUAUCUUCAUGAGGGAGGAAGAUAAUGAUCCUAUGGUGCCUGUGGAUGAGAAGAGAAAACUUUUGAGCUGCAGCUUCAGUUUAUCCUCAAAGCCUGCAUUGUUUGUCUUCAUCUAAUCCAGCCUUGAUGGACAUCUGUGAUGGUUGCCUAUACACUUGCUGAAACGAAAUAUUAGAAAUGGCUGUAUAUUCCAAAGAAACCCUAUAUUAUAUAUCCACAUUACUGCUGCUAGGAUUCAUAUUUGCACAUGCUGUUUAUUGCUUAUGUGUAGAAGGAAUGAAACUAGUUUCCAGAGUUGUUAUUAAUAUGAAUAUAUAUCAUGUGUUAAUACUGAGAAAGAAAAACACAUUCCCAGUGUUAAUAGUUCUUCAUUUCCUGUUUCCAACAGAAAAUUCACUCACUUUAGAGACUAGUGUAAUUCUUGAUAAUAAAAUAAGAGUUUUGAUUAAGAACAGCA